AUGAAGCUUUCUCUGAAGCAGCAGCCCUUGCUGUUGUUGGGGUUGAUCGUGCUAUGGGCUGGUAGUUUGCAAGCGCAUAGAAACGAUACCGAAACUAGUGAGAUUGCAUCCGAACAUAGCCGAUCGAAGCGAACGCUAGUAUACACCUUCAACAGCUGCUCUGGGGUCCUAUUCGCUCUAUCUAUUCCCUUGCUCAUUACGGGGCGGAACAUUUUCAUGUCGUACAACUUUGAAGCGAACUACAACAUGCCGACGGACAGCACCGACUUUACGCAGGGUAUCCUGAAGAAAGGAGACAACGAUCAGAUACACGAGGCAGAGGCACGAAAGGUACGGCGCGCGAUCCCACCAACACCGAAACGAUCCAGUAUAAGCAGGAAAAAGUUCUACCGUGCAAUUGAGCUAAACUUGCAACGCUAUGGUUUUGCCGGCAAGCGGUGUAUAUUGCGGAUGAUUUGCGAUCUGGCAGAAACACCGCUCGAUCACGAGAACGGUGUGCUGGGGGAUGUGUUGCAGCUAAUAUUUACUCCAUCCCUAUCGCAGGACGAGAAUUUACCGAGCGAAUUUGCACGCGCAGAAGAGUUGGGACGGCAGCACAAAAAUUGCAACAAAUAUCGAGCCCACUGUCCAGCAAAUCCAAUCGAUUUGGUCACUAUUGUACUGGGACAGUAA